UAUAUAUAUAUAUAUCUUUCAACUUUUCAAAGGGCCAUUGGAUUAACAGUAACAAUCCCAUCAACAUCCGUAGAACAUUUCCAUUCCCAUUGCUCGUUCAUUCGUAACUCCAUGUGGCUGGGUUUGCUUCACUAUUAAAAAGAGUGACAUCCUCACUCACACUCACAUGAGUUGCAGGUGCAUGAGCAGGUGCUGGAGGAUUAAUAUAUCUAUAUAUAUAUAUAUAUAUAUAUUAUUGAAGAAAUAAAAUUUUGGUGAGCCUAUCUAUUACAAGUUUCCAAGAAAAAAAGAAAAAAAGGGUUAUGAGCUUUCAAGAUCUUGAGCGAAAUGCUGGGCAGAGAAAGCCGUCGUCGUCGUCUUCUUCCUCCUCCAGCUCGCCGGCGCAGGCGGUGGCUGCUGGCAUAUUCCAGAUCAACACGGCCGUUGUCAGUUUCCGUCGCCUCGUGGAUGCCAUCGGAACUGUCAAAGACACUCCCGACCACCGCCAGAAGCUACACAACGCCAGGCAACGCAUCCUUGAAUUAGUGAAAGAAACUUCUGCCAACCUCAAAUCUUUGAGCCAAUUGGAUCGCGAUUCCCACGUCAAUCAAAAUAAGAAGAUAGAAGAUGCGAAGCUUGCCAAAGAUUUCCAAACAACCUUGCAUGAAUUCCAGAAACUCCAACAGCUUGCCUCCCAACGCGAGUCUUCUUAUAUUCCAUCCUCAUCCUCCUCCUCUGCUGCUGCUACAUCUACAGCGCAACAUCUGGAAUCAGCUGUGGAUCAGGAUCAGGAACGCCAGCCUUUUCUUAUGCAGCAAAAGAGGCAGGGAGUAGUUCUGCUUGAUAAUGAAAUUGCCUUCAAUGAAACCAUAAUUGAGGAAAGGGAACAGGGUAUUAAAGAGAUACAAGAGCAAAUUGGACAAGCAAAUGACAUUUUCAAGGACCUUGCUGUUCUCAUUCAUGAGCAGGGGGUUGUUAUUGAUGACAUUCAGUCAAACAUAGACUCCUCCUCUGCUGCAACUACUGAAGCUAGAGUUCAGCUAGCUAAAGCUUCCAAAAGUGUGAAAUCCAAAUGCUCAUGGUGUUGGUGGGUGGUGGCAAUCGUUGCAGUGGUGCUGAUUAUUUUUCUAAUUGUACUUAUCCUAUAAUGUGCAGCUACAAUGCCGUAAGUCUUGGUGUGCAUGUGCAGAUGUGUUGUUGAUGUCACUUCCUCGGACGUAUAUGUAGUGUUUUGGGGAUUGGUUUUUUUGUGUAUGUGUCAGGCUUUAUGUUCAUUGGAUAUUGGAUUUAGUAUAGGAUAUUGUUCUUAGCAGCUUUCCAAAUGUCUUGUUUUUGCAUUGGAAGAUGUAGCUUCCUUGUGGUUUUGCUUUGUAUUAAUAGUUGCUUCAAUUUGGGGCAAGACAUUACUAAAAAAGGCUAUGAUUGGCUGUAUGUAUACUUGUGUUAAUGUAAUUUUAAUGGUUUGUAAUUCUUUC